AUGGAUUUCCCCAAAAGGACACAUCUUUCCUUUACUUCUCUCAUAUUUCUUCUGCAUCUUUGCGCAAUUACAUUUGGCGUGACUGAUACUAUCUCCAGGACCCAACCUCUUUCAGGCGAUCUAACUAUUGUGUCAAAAGAAGGGAAUUUUGAGCUUGGAUUGUUCUCUCCAGGUAAUAAUGGAAACUUUUAUGUUGGUAUCUGGUUCAGAACUAUUUCAAAGAGGACUAUUAUUUGGGUGGCCAAUCGGGAUAUACCUGUCUCAAAUGCUUCAUUUCCAGAACUUACAAUAACUAUGGAUGGAAAUUUAGUCCUCAGCUCUCUAGGAGCACCCAUAUGGUCAUCGAAUAGCACAAGGAAGUCCAGUAGAUCUAGCACUGCAGUUCUCCUUGAUAGUGGAAAUCUUAUCCUCAGAGAUCAAUACAACUCUUCUGAUAUUUUCUGGCAAAGCUUUGAUCAUCCAACAGACACGGUAGUGAGUGGGCAGUGGUUUGGCAUAGACAAGAUCACACGUGAAUACCAGAACCGUGUUUCUUGGAAGAACCAAGAAGAUCCUGCACCAGGUCCUUUCUCCUUUCACGCAGAUCUAGUUACAAUGAGCCAAUAUGUCUCAAUAUGGAAUCACUCAGAAGUUUACUGGCAAUCUGGGAACUGGACAGGCAAAGCAUUCACGUCCAUCCCUGGAAUGCCACUAAAGAGUGACUACAUAUAUGAUUUUAUUAACAACAGUCGCGAGCUGAAGUUUCGGUGGGCCACGAAGGAUGUGUCAAUAAUCACAAGAAUAAUUCUAAGCAUUAAUGGUCAACUCCAACGUCUCACAUGGUCCAGUGAUUCAGAGGAAUGGAUAAUAGAAUGGUAUUUUCCUGCAGCUCUAUGUGACGUAUAUUCUGUAUGCGGGCCUUUUGGUGUCUGCAGGACAGGUUCUGAUGAGCAAUGCUUCUGCUUGCCAGGUUUUAGACCAGCUUCCGCAAGAAGUUGGGAUCUUCGAGCAUGGAGUCAAGGAUGUGUUAGGCAAACAGAUAUCCAAUGUGCUGAGUCAAAUAAAUCAACUGACACAAAAGAGAGCGAUGCAUUUCUCAAGAUCACCAACAUCAAGUUUUCACAAAACCCAGUAAAACUGAAAGUCCAAAGCAUGGAGGAGUGCAGAUCUAUAUGCCUGAGUAAUUGCUCUUGCACUGCAUAUGCACAUAAACAGGAUUGCAAUAUCUGGAAUAGUGAACUCUGGGAUCUUAAACAAUUACCUAAUGGUAAUACUGAUGGUUUAGAUAUGUAUAUACGUCUUGCAGCAUCUGAUACUCUAGUUCAAGAUAGUGAAAAGAAGGCACACCAUGUUAGGCUUAUUGUGUUAAUUGCAGUGCUGGGUAGUAUUUUUAUGGCACUAUGUGCUCUUAGCAUAACAGUUAAGAUGUUUCAAAGGACUUCAUCUAAAAAGGCUUUCUCAGAUAAUUACUCUCUCGUCGUCUAUGAUUAUUCAUUUUUGCAGCACUGCACAAAGAAUUUUUCAGAUAAAGUGGGGCAAGGUAGCUUUGGUUCAGUGUUCAAAGGAUUGCUCCCAGACUCCAAACUAAUAGCUGUCAAGAAGCUUCAAGGCAUGAAACAAGGAGAGAAGCAAUUUCACACCGAGGUGAGGGCUUUAGGAAAAUUCACCAUAAUAAUCUAG